AUGACGCAAGCUGCAUUGCAUCCUGAUGUGAAAGUUUCUGUUGCUGGAGCUAGGUUCUUCCUAGGUGCUGACAAAGAAAGACAAGAGAACUUUGAAGACGAUCUGUCCGAUGAAGAGGGUUUUGACAUGAACGCAUUGAAGCAUAGAAUGCAAGUGAACAAGAAGUCUUCCAAGAGAGGAAAGAAAUUGGAAAGUGCUCUCAAAACAAUCAAGAAGAAGAACAGUGCUAAAGGAUCCGCUACCUAUUUGAAUUUCUCAGCCAUUCACUUGCUUAGGGACCCUCAAGGUUUUGCAGAACAGCUUUUCGAUGGUCAUUUGAGUAGCAAAAAUGCUAAUAGAUAUGACUUGGAGCAAAAGAUUUUAUUCAUGAGUUUGAUAUCCAGAUUGAUUGGUACUCAUAAGUUGACAGUUUUGGGCAUUUACUCGUUCUUCUUGAAGUACUUGACGCCAAAGCAAAGAGAUGUGACAAAAAUUAUGGCAGCUGCUGCUCAGUCUUCUCACGAUUUGGUUCCACCCGAAUCUAUUUCCAUGGUUGUCCGCAAGAUUGCAGAUGAGUUCGUGAGUGAUGGUGUAGCAGCUGAGGUUGCUGCUGCCGGUAUCAAUACCAUUAGAGAAAUUUUGGCCAGAGCACCAUUGGCGAUUGAGCCGCCAUUGUUACACGACUUGACCGAGUUACAAGGGCUCUAA